AUGACGGCCCCACACUACCUAAACCCCAAACUGAUGAAGAACUACGAUGAGCUGACCUGCCACAAUCCCCAUUCCAGCAUGAAUCAGUUUAACCACUGUGCCUAUAGAUACACCAUGUUCUGCCGGUGUGCACGUGAACUAGGGGAGGAUAACCCCCGCUGCAAAUUUCACUAUUACCGAGCCCAAAUUGCCUGCACAGCGGAGCAGCUGGAGGACUGGGAUGAGCACAGACAGAAAGGAACAUGCGUCAUGGAUGUGAUGCCCGACCGGCUCACUGCUCACCUGAGGCAGUAA